AUGGCAAACCUGAACAGCUUUCUUGAUGGCGCGCCUGAAUACAUUCGCUGUAACAAAGAAGUAAUUGCGUGGCUUUCAGAGAAACUGGAAACGCUAGGAUCAGCAAAGAAAAUCGAAAGGCUAGAGGCUGAAAUUGAGAAGCUCAAAGGUAGCCGGUCCAACGAAGAGAAUCUUCGAAAGCAAGCCAACGACUGGAAAGCCAAGUACGAAAGCUUGCACAGAGCAGUCACGAUUUCAAAGCAUGAGCAUUCUGAGGAUAAUGCCGAGCUUAUCGAGAAAACCAGACAACAGCUGCUCAAGCAGUACGAUGAAGAGAUUGGACGUCGGGCCGAGAACGAGCAACGGCAAGCACAGCAGGUCAUAGAGCAAGCCAAAAAGAUCGAGAGAUUGCAGGCUGAAAACGCAAAAUACAGACAAGUACUGGAAAAGGCCAAAAAACAAGACGCGGCGGUCAAACUCGCUGUAUUAACCCUUGAUGCCGAAUUGUCCGAAUCCCACACAAAAAAUUCGAUCGACGUUGAAUCUUUGCAGCUGCCGAGGCGGCGCCCGGGCCUCAAAUUCCCCCAAUUCGGAGGGUCCUGUGAAACAAGGCUUGGUCAAAUGAUUGACUGGGGUACACUAUCUUUCCCCAAACGCAAGGCCGAGGUCAGGUACUUCAACCCCGAUACGUUUAUCGGGGCUGGUGUCUUUUACCAGCUAUGUCGCAUGGAUUCCUGUCGCAUCAUUGAGUACGGAAAAGACCGGUCCAUCAAUGGUAAAUUCCGGAAGCACGCCGCCAUUAUCCUUUGCCAUGUCGCAGCUGGAAACCAAUUGUCAUUCAUACAGCCUGACCAUUUCGUUGUCGCUAUUGUCGACUCCGGAGAGAAGGCAGUGCAACAUUUGCAAAAAGAAAGGGUUCAAAAAGACCGAAAAUCGGGGAGCCUGUCCUGCUGGGGAAUGGAAAACGCCCUGGUAAACAAGCUAAAAACCGAUAUUGAACAAGCCUGGAACUUAAACUUGAAUGUUUCUCAGAAGGAGUUUGACUAUGCCGGCAAUACUUGUUUACUUCAAUGCGUAACAGCGGUACGAUCAUAUUUCGGCAAACAUACCCCACAAGAAGGUGACCAAUACUCUAUUCGAUUAUUUUACCUCGAGCGAUUGCUGGAGGAAUGGGUCCGUGAAGAAAACGAUUCUGGCACGUCAAAAACCUCGCAAAACAAACUUCAAAGCCGGACUCCACCAGCAGCCAUCGCGCUAGCUGAACCAUCUUCCCAUCCCAAGGUAUGCGGGGUGGAAUAUCGGCAGGUUCCUUGCCAGGGUGGCGAAUUUGUGCUGCUUCUUCCAAACCCUGAACAAUAUCGGGACCUAAAAGAAAGAAGGAAUGGUAGCCCUUUGCUUUUCACUGUCGCCGAGAAACUCGGAGCACGAAAGCAGGGCGCAUUCGUUAUCGAAAUCCCCACAGCCUCUCGACCGGAACUUCCCGAACAAAGACCUCAGCAAGCAGAGUGCACAACCUACUUCCCGGAAAAGCUCGACGGCUUUUGGCGGCUCUUCACUAAAAAAGAAGGAUCAAGCCUUCCUCUUUUACCUGCCAAUCCACAGAAGGUUGGCUGUUUGGAUGCCGCCAUCAAGGCGUACGAAAAUCUCGUCGCGGAAUCAUUCAAACAAAAGAAAAGCUUGGAGGGUGUUGCUUAUCAAACGGACAUCCCAGCAGAGACCAGCAACGAACGGGAUUGUGCUUAUUUGCCUCCAGAAAGCCCUAUUUGGCCAAUCCGAGGCAACAAACUACCUCGAACAGGCAUACCGGGACUCCAUACUCCGACAUGCUACCGAGGGACCCCUUUCGCUCCGUUUGCAUGGCAUCACGAAGACUUUGAGCUGGGCGCGAUCAAUUAUCUUUAUUAUGGGCAGAAAAUAUGGUUUGUCACACACCCAGGGUUCUUUGACAAAGCAUCCGCAACGUUUAAAGAAGCCCUAAACAUCGACCAAGAUCACAGCCAAUUUCUGCGGCAUGAGGCGGUACAUGGCGGUGUUCAGUAUCUACGGAAUAAAGACAUACCGACGAUAGGUUUUAUGCAAGAAGCCGGGCAAAUAGUCGUCGUUUACCCACGCGCCUACCACUCGGGAUUUGGUGCGACGGCGACAGUCGCUGAAGCAGUCAACUAUGCCGAUCUGCAAUACGUUCUUCCGCAAGAUUACAGGCCGUGUCACAAGAAAUGCCAGCCGUCAGACCCGAUCACCGCUGACUUAGUGUUCCCCGAGAACAAUUGUGAGCGGACCGCUACCCUACGCCGCAAUCCCAAGCCAGUUGCGACUUUGCGCCCCGCGCCGACUUCUCAAAAUCCUCGUGGAAGUCAUCCAAAAAGGAAACAUGUACCAGAGCCGAUAAGAACGCCUAGUGAACGGCCUAUAUCGAACGGAAAGGGGAAGCACAACGAGGCACAAGAGGAGCCAUCAAAUGAGCCCCCAGCGAAACGACAAAGAGACCUAACCCCUCUUGAGGACAUGGCAAAUGAGGUCAUAAAUGCAGAAGAGCGGGCCAAGAGCCACAUCAUGGCAUGUAUUGACAACUCAGAUCUCAAUUUGCCCAACAAGACCAUGGAAAAAAAGGCAGAUCAAUAUUUGGCCCUUAGCGCACGUUGGGCAAAGCAUGCGCCGUUCAGCAGAAUGGUGGCCUUGAUAUUGGAGACCCACGCGGUUGAGCUGAUGUACUAUGAAUCAUUUGGCACUUUAUUCGACAAGAACAGAGUUUUGCGGCGAUUACCAAGCGAAAUAGUUGACAAGUCUCUCGACAUGCUGACCGAAAGACCAACCGAUUCCGCGUUCAGGACCUGGUUAGGAAGACGCCGUACCUUUUUAAAACUUGGCCUGGAAUACCUACUGUUUAUACCCGUUGCUGGGGAGAAAAGGAUGCCUGGCUUUCAAGACUUUGAACGGUUAACAGACCAUCAGAUCCAAUCAUUGCGCAAACUUAUCAAGAACUCUGCAAACGCUGAUACCAUUGCAAAAGUCGGCGAAAGAUUUCGACGCAGCAUCAUUGAAGGUGACAUUUCGGUUUGGAAGAAUAUUGGGCAUGAUGAAAUUCAGGAUAUGAACCUGGAGGAGAUAUCACGCCGGACCUUUUCGCUCGAAACAGAGUAG